AUGGAGGUGAACAGCACGGCGAGCAUCUUGAGCACGGCCUACCUGGCGGCGGAGUACGUGGAUGCGGUCUUGCCCGGGAAUCCCUUGCAGCCCCCGUUCAAGCACGCGUGGGCCUACAUGCUGGACAACUACACCAAGUUCCAGAUCGCCACCUGGGGUUCGCUCAUCGUGCACGAGUUCAUUUACUUCCUCUUCUGCCUGCCCGGUUUCCUCUUCCAGUUCCUGCCCUUCAUGCAGAAGUACAAGAUCCAGCAGGACAAACCGGAGACAUGGGAGAAGCAGUGGCGGUGCUUCAAGAUGUUGCUGUUCAACCACUUCUUCAUUCAGCUGCCACUCAUCUGUGGCACGUACUACUUCACCGAGUUCUUCAACAUCCCCUACGACUGGGACUCCAUGCCGCGAUGGCCUUGCAUCCUGGCUCAGUGCUUCGGCUGCGCCGUGGUGGAAGACACGUGGCACUACUUCCUCCACCGACUUCUCCACCACCGCAGGUUCUAUAAGCACAUCCACAAAGUUCACCACGAGUUCACCGCGCCGUUUGGCAUGCAGGCCGAGUACGCCCACCCCGCCGAGACCAUCAUCCUGGGUGCCGGAUUCUUUAUCGGCAUCAUGAUCUUCUGCAACCACGUCUUCUUCCUGUGGGCCUGGGUGGCCGUGCGCCUGCUGGAGACCAUCGACGUGCACAGCGGGUACGACAUCCCAGCCAACCCUCUGCAUUUGCUGCCGUUCUACGCCGGCGCCCAUUUCCACGACUUCCACCACAUGAACUUUGUAGGCAACUACGCCUCCACCUUCACCUGGUGGGACAAGCUGUUCAACACUGACAACCACUACAACAAGUACAUGCACAAACAAGGAGGCGACAAGAAGACGCAGUGAAAACAACACAGUGUCUGAAAUCUGAUCUGGUUUGAAUCCAGAUUGGCGCGUUUGUGCCUUUGUUGCAGUGCGAGUAUUGUGGUCUUCCGCUUGAGCAGAAAUACAACCAUCAAUAUUCUCUUUUUUUGCCUGCUGUUUGGUCUUUAAAUAUUAUGUAGUAUUUCAGCAGAUGGUAGUGUUUGUCUACUCAACUGCAGAUGGGUCAGGCACUUUGGGAAACUAUGAACCCGUCAGCGUGAACCGAUCCCUGCCACAAAUAGCGAAAAUCUCAGAGGAACUGACGCCCACCCAAAAAAAAGUUUGUAAUUGCCAAGGCCGACAAGGUCCGACUCAAUAAAGCUCUUCUCCUUGCGUCAACAUAGUUGGUGGGCACCAAGAUGCCACCAGAAGGCGCUAAAGCAUUGUUUAAUUAAUUAAUUUGUUUAUUUUUAAUGAAACAUGACUGACCUGACUGAGCACGCAAACGGCAACUAGGUGUGUUUUAAAGCAAAUAACAGAGAAAAGGUUCGCCCUAAAAAUCGGAGAAUGUAUGAAUUCUGAACUGCAAAUAAGAGAAAAUUUGACAUUUGAGUUUAUAUAAAGGACUAAGAACGAAGAGAAAAAAAAAAAAAAAGAUGGAACGCAUUAAUCAUCAUCAGAGAGACUUAUACGUGCCUCCAUUGGUGCUGCUGUUUUGGUUAGCAACAGAGUUCAAAUGAGCUCCAAAGUUAACACUUUUACCUUAGUUUGUGAACAAUAGUCUGCUUUUCUUGUUUUUUUUUUUUUUUUUUUUUACGUACCACCAGAUUUUUGUUUGUUAGUUUUUUUCUUGACGUGUAAAGGCAGGCAUGUAUUUGAGGGAAAUGUUUAUUAGUCUUGAGUGGAGGGAUGUCCACUAUUUGAGGAAAUACAGUAUGUGAGGUGAGAUGUUUCUGUAUAGACUCAGCACUUGUAAUUGUAAGCUUCUGCUCAGAAGAUAAAUAGUAAUCCACGUUAUUUUUAUAUAAAUAUAUCCCACAUUGAAACCCUGAGAUAUAUGUGUGUGUUCAUAUUGGAAUAAAAAUAUGACUAUGUCUGAC